AUGCCCGAGAGGCCUUUAGGAGAUCAUCCCAUCUACGCACACUCCGAGCUGUGCGGUGGGGUCCAUGAGAAAGUCGAUCAAAUUCUAGACAUAUCCAACUUGCAUACCUUGAAGUUUAACUUUGAUCGGGACCUAGACUUGGGUGACCACAAAGCACUGCUGAAGUAUAAAGACAUCGAACAGUAUCCUCACGGAGUCGCCGAUGCAGUCGGAUACUGGGCUGAAGCUCAGAUAUUCGGCGGUGUGAUCCUGUUUGACCGGCGACGGCAGAUUGACGCCUGGGAAAAUCUUCUGGAUCCGGAUAAGUGGGAGCAUUUUGAAUGGUUGCUGUCUCAGUACCGCGCAUUGCAGCAACCACUUCAAGAUCCCUAUGAAAUAUAUUUUCAUUCCAACCAUCGCGCUGUGACGUACCGCAUCUGGCAGUUGCUCCCAGAGCAAAGGAAGGACCUCUUUGAGUUUCUAUUGUCGGACAUGGAAGGGAUUACAAGCCCAUUACCCAUCCUUCCGGGCGAGAAGAACCUGUUCCGGAUCGACCCAGAGGAUCCCAUCUCCGAGACGGGUAUCUGCCGGGAUGUUUGGGAACGCAAGCCCCUCGGUGAUGAUGAUGGCGACGCACGCGCGCACCACUGCCGGGGUGAUAAAGUCGAGUAUCCAUGUCCUACAGACGAGGAGAGGUCUAAAGGCAGAGGAUUCUUUCGGAAGGAGCUUAUCUUCGAGAUCACGUUGCUCGAGGUGCGGGCUCGGAAGCUAGCGAUGUCGAGGGGUUGUCAAGGGCCGCAGUCAGAUUCACCAUCAUCUCAACACUGA